CAAACAUCAUAUUCAACACUUUCCGUUACAACAGUACGGAAAUUCCCGUUUAUUUGCAAUACCCAAACGAAACAAACCCGUAGCGUAACAACGUUGCUUUCUUGCUACUUGAAAUGGCAGAAAAGUAGCAACCUUCUCAUAAACAAUAUCAGAAACACAUAUAAAUCACUCACUACACUACUCUUUACUUUCUCCCCAUUUUCCAUUCUCUUUCUUUCUCUCUUUUUUCCCUCCAUCACUUCCUCCCAAACCAUUUCCCUCCCGGUCCAUCAUUCCCAAACCCGGUUCAGUUUGGUUCAAUUGCAUCAUGGAGCAAACCACGUUCGAAUCCAUUCAAUUCAACGAAGAAAUUCAGGGAAUCAUGGCGCCGGCGUCGGAAACCGCCAGCUCCUUCACCGCACUUCUCGAACUUCCACCGACGCAGGUCGUCGAGCUUCUCCAUUCUCCGGAACUCACCGGAAAACCACCUCGCCACGUCAUUAGCCCGAAACCCUAUCCCCUAACUUGUAACACGGAUGAUUUGAUUUUCCCUUCCAACACCGCGUUGGUCGAACGCGCCGCGAGAUUCUCCGUGUUCGCCGGUGAGAAUUUAGCAAACUCGCCUUUGCCGGAAGUGAAAAACGAGCUACCGGAAAUCGAGGAAGGUCGAUGUAUCUCCGAUCGCACAGUUGAGAACAAGAAUUCCAAACACGCUAAGAGGAAGGAGCGAGAGAAGAAGGUGAAAGUAUCUUCCAAGAAAAGCAAAACCGUCGCCGCCGACGAGAAUUCCGGCAACGGCGAGGAACUUCCGUAUGUGCACGUCCGAGUUCGUCGAGGUCAAGCCACUGAUAGCCAUAGUUUAGCAGAAAGGGCUAGGAGAGAGAAGAUAAAUGCUCGAAUGAAACUGUUACAGGAACUGGUCCCUGGUUGCAACAAGAUAUCAGGAACGGCAUUGGUUUUGGAUAAAAUCAUCAACCAUGUGCAAUCUCUGCAGCAUGAAGUAGAGAUUUUAUCGAUGAAACUUGCAGCAGUUAAUCCAAUAAUUGAUUUCAACCUUGACAGCAUAUUGGCCACUGAAGGAGUGUCUCUCAUGGACAGUAACUUCCCUACCGCAGUUGCACCCGUCGUGUGGCCAGAAAUCCCACAUAAUGGAAACAGACAGCAAUUUCAGCAACCAUGGCAAUCUGAAGCAUUCCACCAACCACUUUGGGGGAGAGAAGAAAACACCCCUAAUUUCAUGACCCCAGAAAACUCACUAUUGAGUUAUGACUCAUCGGCAAAUUCAGUAUCUCUGCACUCAAAUCAGAUGAAGAUGGAGCUAUGAAGAGGUACAGAAGCAGCGGUACUAGUAGCAAUUAGACUAGUAGUGUAUAUAACAAAUAUAGUUUUAGAAAUUAGCCUUGAUUUGAGCAGGCCCAACAUUCAGCAGGAUUUCAUAUUGUCCUCUGUUUGUCAAAGUCGGUUGGAAAACCUGGAUUUUAUUCAGCCAGCAGGCUAGCAAGGAAGAAGAAUUCUAAUGCUAUUAUCAUAUUAUAUAUUAAUUAAUAUCAGUGUGUAUACUAACUAUAGUUGUCAUUCAAUCUUAGGUGAGUGAUUGGUUCAGAUUGUAUAAUCAUUGAACAGACUGUUAAUUACUGAACUGUAUUUGAAGUUUGUUGCUUUGUUCGCUGAAUGCUAGUACUCCUGAAGAUUUCUAGUCAA